AUGGUAAACAUGUCCUCGUCUUCAGCAUAUGACUCUGAGACCGUACCCUUUUCGGGCCCAUCCACAUCCAUAGCCAGCUUCACUUCUUUGCCUCCCGAACUUCGCCUGAAGAUAUGGUCGCGGGCCAAUGAGCCUCGCAUCGUUUUAUACCGUGAUCUAGCCCAAGGGAUUGGUUCUUGUCCGUUACCUACUGUUACACAACUCAAUGCUGAAGCGCGAGAUGAAACCCGACUAGGGUAUGAACCGAUAGGUCGAGGAUCGUUCUUGGACUUUUCUAAGGAUAUUCUUGUUUGCGACCAUCUGAUCUCGGACCAAGCAACAGACCAGUAUUUGGACGAGCUCGCGCCUCGGGUCAGACGGAUGGCCUUUUGGGAUUGCUUCCCCGAUGAUGGCCGGGUCCAGAUGCCCCAUCACUACUCUGUCUACCUAUCCAUAUGCUACAAUCAGCGAGGAGACUUUGGGAAAAUCGAGUUUGACAGAUUUUGGUUCCCUAACCUGGAUGAACUAUGGAUUGUGAAGGUGGGAGACAUCGAUCCACGCUGGCAAAUCCCGGUGAACAAGCAAGCGACAUACGAAUCUCGGCUCAAAGAGCUGGCGAAGCAAUUCAGGUACUGGGUGGAGGAUGAGAUCAUCGAGAUGGCACCUCUAGACCUCAGCGACCCUGAUUCUCACGCUGUUCUCUACGAAGGCCGCUGUGGAAAAGAGGAUUGUCACGAACUCAACCAGGGACGCACAAAGAUGGUAUCCAAGGUUGUAUUUCUUGAUGGAAAAUACAAGGCUCCCGAUGAUGGCCAGAAAUGGGUUCGAAUUUUUCCCUUGCAGGCGAAAGAAGGAAUAGGAGCAGAGGAUCAAACCCAUGCGAAUGGGUUGAGGUGGGUUGCCAUUGAGAGAAUCUUGACCUUCAACCUAUACCGCGAAGCCUGGAGCGAAGGUGGAAGGGAGAUCAGACGACACAGACCGUUGAGUUGA